AUGGGGACAUGGACACACACACUCCUCCAGGAGACGGACAGUGACGAGUCUCUUCUGAAGCGAGAUGAGCAGACUCUGAAGAUGAAGGAGGAGGCACAGGUUGUUGGUUGCACACAAGCUGGCUGUCCGUGUGAGUGUUUCCUGCCAGGACAAACUCAGAUCAGGUCAUGUGAUCGCUGUGCACAUGGCUGGGUCCUUCACGCGGUGGGUAAGGUGUGCGCUCCGGCUCUGCUGUGUUCGGGGCAGGUGGAGAUCGUCCAGAGUAGCGUGGUGUUUGACAUCAGCAGCCUGAUUCUGUACGGGACGCCGGCUCUUCCCGUCCAGAUGAAGAUCCUGCUGAUCCUCCUCACACACACACAGGUGCUCAACAUCAUACACACACUCGGCUGGGCACUGCGCGAUUACGUGAGAGGAUACAUGCUGCAGGACUCUGUGGGGAUGGUUCUGGAUCGCUGGGUCACCAUGAGCCCGGAGGACGAGGUCGUGACCUUGCGUCAGUUUCUACGUUUUGGGGAAACCAAAUCCAUCGUGGAGCUCAUGGCCGAGGAGCAGCAGAUCCGCCCAGAAACCCAUCGCAACCCCGCGUUCAAGCUGAGAGAUAAACCGCCCUCCAGAACGCACCACUUUGAGAAUCUGCCAGGAGGAAGUCUAGCGUUCCUGCAGCCGUUUCACUACGUCAGUGCAUCCGUGUUUCCACCCUCACCAGCUGUGGAGCGUCAUCCUGCGACACAAAAACUACAGCGGCUCAGCAAACGGAACAAUGGCGCAGAUGAAAUGAGAACCAGAAACAAAAGAGAUGGCGCACCUGAAAGGCCGUUGCAGAUACGAAGUUCCACGCAGUCACCGAAACGCCUGCGAAACGAAGAACGUCAAGUGGGAGUCGACGGGCCGAUUGCAGACUCUUCGGGAACCGGGGAACGGUGCAACGGUUCGUCCUCGAGCAAAGCUCGUGUGAGCUGCAGUGCGUGCGCUAAGACGUUUUACGAUAAAGGAACGCUGAAGAUCCACUUCAACGCCGUGCACUUGAAGAUCAAACACCGCUGUACUGUCGAAGGCUGCAACAUGAUGUUCAGCUCACUGCGCAGCCGCAACCGACACAGCACUAAUCCCAACCCGCGACUGCACGCCGCGGUCGAACACGCGACACGCAGAUUCCUCACUCAACCGCGUCGACCGGUCUUGACCUUGCGCGAAACUACCUCGCCGGUUUCCAUGGCAACCACCAACACUGCAUUGACUGACCAUCAGAUUCCAGUUAUCCGUGAAGGAGGAGGGGGAGGAGCUACAGGCAAUCGUACGGCCAAUCAGAAUGGCCUUAGUGAUGUGAUUGACGUGACGCCGAAAAAGAAGUCACGGAAGUCCAGUACACCUUUGAAGCUUAAACAAGAAACUCGCAGUGAGGAACACGAUCACUUAUCACCAGGACAACCGGUCAACAGUCUCCAUGGCAACCAGUCCCCAAUGACCAACACACACACGCAGUACAUCUACAAACAACUUUGGAAGACACCGUACGGUUACCAUAGCAACAGCCACUUGCAUAACCAAUGGAAAGGCAGGUGUCAACCUCUACUAAAGGUCAAAGAGGAGCCUUGUGACCCCACCUGUGACUGUAGAGGUCGUCACCAUAGCAACCUGUGA